CAACCACCUCUUUUGACCACCGCACAAAGUGGUGUUCCUCUCUCUUGUGGCUUUGUCGUCGUCUUCCUCUUUGGCUCCAUCGAUGGCCGGAGCUCUCGCCGGCCACCGUAUCCGGCGGUUCUUUCCCCAUCUCAGAGCUGGAAUCCGCCCCAUAUGGUCCCCCUCUGGGGCCGACGUCGACCCCACGACCGCCACAUCUUCCUCCUCCCCAUCCUCCUCGCGGUCUCGGGAGAAGAAGCUUGCAAACCGUAUCUCCUCCGUCGUCGACGCUAUCAACGAUCGGAAGCUUCCUCCCGAGCUCCGAGGCCGAGCGAAUGCGAUCAGGUCUGAGACUGACAUAGUUAAUGUUGUGGAGCAAAGAAUAUGGCACUCGAUGGAAGAAGGGCACUUUGAGAACUUGCCUGGAAAAGGAAAACCUCUUGAUUUGAGUACAAACCCUCAUGCAGAUCCUGCGGAGGACACCUUGUAUAGAAUACUUUCUAGAAAUGGGUGUGCUCCUGAGUGGGUUGAACUGAACAAAGAAAUCCGAUCCAAGAUUGCAGAAUGGAGGUUAGCAAUGAAGAAAGCUUGGACUCGCAGGUCAGAUCAUGAUAAUUCCAAAUGGCUUGAAGAUUCUGAGUCUCUUAAGUCUCAAAUACGGGAAAUCAACGAUAAGGUUCUUCGCUAUAAUCUUAUUGUCCCAUUUGGUCGCCAAAUGUUUGGACUUAAGUGGGAGAAAGAGAUUGAUAAAUUGAAGUGAACUGGUUCGGAUCUUCUUCCCCUGUAUUCAUGAGAAUGUGUUUUUUCUUUCUUCCCCCUUUUAUUCUUUCCAUGGGAUUGAUAAAUUAUUUGUUAUGGAAGCUAUUAACUUGCUAUUAA